AUGGCGGCAACAAUACCCCCUGACCAGGCUCGUGCGGCCUCCAGCAGCCGCAACACCAACACCCCUUCCCCAUCAAAGCCCUCUGCACCAGCCUCGAAAGGCAUCCCACCAUACGCAACACUGACCUUCGGUGCAGCAUCCGGCUUUGCAUCCUGCGUUCUCCUCCAACCUUUCGACCUCCUCAAAACUCGCUUACAACAACUGGACCACAACCCGACCUCCACCUCUUCCGCCCAAACCUAUCAAUCUCGCACGCAGAAGCUCAUUGGCAUCACUCGCGAAAUCAUCCGCAUACAAGGCUAUCCCGGCUUAUGGCGUGGCACAACCCCAACUGUAGUCCGGAACGUUCCUGGAGUAGCACUAUACUUCUAUUCAGUGACGCAUCUUCGGCAUGUUGCAAGUCAGCGACAAAUCCCACUGAUAUCUGUGGUGGUCAAUGCGAAUGAUGCUUCCGCUGGAUCUUCUACCUUGGCGAAGCUGUCGACUACGGGGAAUUUGUUGGCGGGAGCGGCGGCAAGAGUUACUGUUGGGUUCAUUUUGUCCCCUGUCACAGUGGUGAAGGCUAGAUUUGAGAGUAGUAACUUCUCCGCAGCGACCGAAAGAACGUUGUUCUCGUCGAUGAAAGAGAUUCGUGCACAGUCAGGCUUUAGAGGCUUCUUUCAGGGGUUCGCUGCUACGGCACUUCGAGAUGCUCCUUAUGCGGGUUUGUAUCUGGCGUUGUAUGAAGCGAGUAAGACUAACCUCGCCGCGCUCUCGUCAGGGUUAGGGACGGGAAAUUGGAUAGUUGUUAGUGGGUCUGGGUUACUCGCUGGAACAUUGGCAACGGUGAUCACUCAUCCUUUUGACAUUAUAAAGACUCGUAUGCAAACAACACCACAAGAGAUACUGCAUCAAAUCGCACUCUCACAUAACCCGCAGACUUCACUAACAGUCAAAGCCGCAGCCACGGUCAAAGAGGCAGUCACCAGAGAAGGAAAGUUAAGGAAACCGAGCGUUUGGGGUAUGACGAAGCAUCUAUGGGCAAUUUCAGGGCCGAGAGCGUUACUGGAUGGAUUGGGAUUGAGAUGUGCUAGAAAGGCAGCUAGUUCAGCGAUCGGGUGGAGCAUCUUUGAGGGCGGGAGAGGGUGGUAUACCGAGCGAGAGGCUAGGAGUGCGGUAGAAGCGGGGACUGUAGCGGGGAAGGAGAGAGGACUGGAUCAUAAGCAAGUGUAA